AGACACCCUUUCCAAGAGCUCAGCAGGCCAGAAGAUUCAGAAUGCAUGGUAUUCUGAGGAGCAUCAACCAGGCGGUCAAAGGGUUGGCCACCGAGAUACCUCGUCUGGCAACAACGAAAGAACUCUUGGCACAGAAUCCUCGUGUGCUCUUCAGAAGGACCUCCACGCAAGAGUCCCACCAACUUCUCAGGGACUUUGGUGUCCCUAACCCAAGUUGGAGCCAAGAGAUGAUGGACCAGUUUGAAAAAUUCACAAAGUUGUCCGAAGAUGGAUCUUGGCAACGCAUGCCGAGUUAUAACAACAGCGUGGACAGCAUGCCCGUCCUCAGCAAAUUGGGCUACAACCCGAAAAAGCAUCCAGAUGCCUGCUUGUUCGUCCGAAACGUGGCUGCCGAAGGCCGCGGGUUCGAGUUUGCCAUGUUUUACAAUGGCUCGGAGAGACGGAUGGCAGUUCUCCUCCAAACUGGGUCGCAUUUGGAAGGGAUGAUCGGAUUCGUGCAUGGGGGGGCCGUGGCCGCCAUCCUGGAUCACACCUUUGCGAGUUGCGGCAUCUGUGCCUCGGGGUUCGUGGUGACCGCCAACCUCUCCGUGAACUACAAGAGCCCCAUCCCGCUGGGCUCUGUAGUCCUCGUGGAAACCAAGGUGGAGAAAGUAGAAGAGAAGAAGAUUUUUCUGUCCGGGUGUGUGCGGAGUACCAACGCGCGAAUCCUUCACGCAGAAGCCACAG